GUUUUUCUACAUUAGGAUGACCGUUGGCACGCGAUCCGACGGCGAACGUGGCGGCCUACUCUGCUUCUGGUGGCCUCACAUCCACCGCUCACCGGGCAGUCCAAUCCGAUCCUUGGGAGAAAAGCAAACCAUCCGAUGGCUGCGCGGGCCGCCAAGCCGGGGCUCCUCCUCCUGCGGCGCUCGGACGCCACCUUCUCGGCCGCGCUGCGCGCGCGCUUCCGCGUCCUCGACUUCUACGCCUCGGGCGCGGCCCUCCGCGCCUUCCUCGCCACCGCCGCUGCGGAGCCGGACCCGCCGCGGGCCGCGCUCGUCGUCGCCAGCGGCGCCAUCCUCGUUGACGCGGCGUUCCUGGACACCGUGCCGUCCCUCCGCUGCGUCGUCACCACGGGCGCGGGGGUGGACCACAUCGACCUCGCCGGCUGCGCGCGCCGCGGCGUCGCCGUGGCCGGCGCGGGCCAGAUCUUCUCCGUCGACGUCGCCGACCACGCCGUCGGGCUCCUCAUCGACGUGCUCCGCCGUGUCUCGGCCGCCGACCGCUACGUCCGCGCCGGGCUCUGGCUGGCGCAGGGGUACUACCCACUCACAUCCAAGCUGAGCGGCAAGCGCGUGGGCAUCAUCGGCCUCGGCAGCAUCGGCUCGCUGAUCGCCAAGCGCCUCGACGCAUUCGGCUGCGUCGUCUCCUACCACUCCAGAGCGCCCAAGGCCUCCGCUCCCUACCGCUACUUCCCCGACGCGGUCGCCCUCGCCGCGGACUCUGACGCCCUGGUCGUCGCGUGCGCGCUCAACGACGCGACGCGUCGCAUCGUCGGGCGCCGCGUGCUCGACACCUUGGGGCCGGGCGGUGUCGUAGUGAACAUCGCGCGCGGCGGGAACGUCGACGAGCAGGAGCUGAUCGCCGCGCUGCGGGAAGGGCGGAUCGCCGGCGCCGGGCUCGACGUGUUCGAGAACGAGCCGCAGGUGCCGCCGGAGCUGCGGGAGAUGGACAACGUCGUGCUGACGGCGCACGAGGCCGUGUUCACGGAGGAGUCCACCGCCGACCUCCGCGACCUGAUGAUCGGGAACCUCGAGGCCUUCUUCUCCGGGAAGCCGUUGCUGACGCCGGUUCCUCUUCCGUAGCUAGUACGAACUACCUAACUGAUCAGAGGGAUACACUAUUUUCUUUAGCAACCGUGCCUUAGCGCGUACUCCUUCCGUCCCAUGAAGACUGUAUUCCCUCCAUCCCACGAAUUUGUUUAGUUUUCAAAACUUAUCCUAGUAUCCAUGUAACUUUUAGACAAUCCAACAAAUAUCCUCAUAAUACCUUCUGGCCUAGUUAACAAA